ACGUGAGCCAGAGGGCGGAGAUGGCGAAGCAAAGACGGAGUUGACUGGCAGCCGAGGAGCAGGAUCUCAAACGCCCCCCACACACCACCACCCCCCACCCCCACCACACACUUGUCUCCUCACCCCCAGGAGUUGGACCGACGGACCGAGCAGAGCGACCGGCCGCUGUGGAGAGCGAGUGGCGACGGAUGUGGUCCGUGCGUGUUGCAGAGUGCGCGGGGGGAGAGGGGAUGCGGCACGAUCGGCGGGAGGGGGGGGUGUUUUGCUGAGUGCGUGGAUGCGAGUGAAUGAGUUCGCCUCAGUGUGCGGUGCUGAACUGGGUCAUGCGGACCGCUGGUGGAACGGGAGAUAAACACACACACACACACACACACACACACACACACACACGCACACGCACGCACACGCAACCCCCCCUCCCGCAGGUCGAGAUGGUGCGCGCUCACGGGAGGGAUCCCAGCCCGAGUCCUCAUCUCAGCCUCCAGUACCAGAUGCUGCUUUGAGGAGCUUCCGCCGGGGACGAGAUCUUCAUCCGAGCUUUUCCAUCCCGUGAAAGCGGUUUUGUUUUUCUUUAGGUUUUGAAUGGAUCUGCACGCGCUUUUUAGCGCGCACCCUUGAUACCUCAACUUUGUCGAUCGGGUUCUUUGCGGACCGGAGCGCGGCGGCUCUUCCUCGCCGAGCGGAUGCAGGACCAUGGAGGAGAGAGACAGGUCGCCAGCAGCCUGCCCCACAGCGUCAAGGCCAGCCUGUCCCUUUCUCCCUCCGGGCCGGGGCGGGCGGGCAGCGCCGGGGGCUCCCCCACGUCCAAGGUGGGCUACUGCGGAGGGGCGCCCGUGGAGGACAUGCAGGCGCUGGCCAUCACCUCUCUGUCAGCAGCAGACGUAGCCAAACAAUACGAGCACAUCCGCGAGCUGGGGAAGGGCACGUACGGCAAGGUGGACCUGGUGGAGCACCGGACGCAGGGCACCAAAAUGGCGCUCAAGUUUGUCACCAAAAACAAGACUAAGCUCAAGAGUUUCCUGCGGGAGUACAGCCUAACCGGCUCACUCAGCUGCAGCCCUUUCAUUAUCAAAGUCCUGGACGUCCUCUUUGAGACGGAGGACAGCUAUGUGUUUGGACAAGAAUAUGCCCACGCCGGGGACCUCUUCGACAUCAUCCCCCCGCAGGUGGGUCUGCCGGAGGAAAUGGUCAAACGCUGCAUGCAGCAGCUGGGUCUGGCUCUGGACUUCAUGCACGGUAAAAACCUGGUGCAUCGGGACGUCAAGCCGGAGAACGUCCUCCUUUUCGACCGCGAGUGCCGCCGCAUCAAACUGGCCGACUUUGGCAUGACCCGGCGCGUGGGGUGCCGCGUGAAGCGGGUGAGCGGCACCAUCCCCUACACGGCGCCAGAGGUGUGCCGCGCCAGCCGCGCCGAGGGCUUCCUCGUGACCACCAGCCUGGAUGUCUGGGCGUUCGGCGUUCUGAUCUUCUGCAUGCUGACGGGCAACUUCCCCUGGGAGGCGGCGCUGGCGGCCGACGCCUUCUACGAGGAGUUUCGGCGCUGGCAGAAAGCAGGGUGUCCCGCGGGGACCUACCCGUCUCAGUGGCGCCGCUUCACCGAGGACGCCCUGCGCAUGUUCCAGCGCCUGCUCGCCGCCGAGCCGGACAAACGCUGCGGGGUCAAGGACGUCUUCUGCUUCGUCAAGUACGAGCUGGUCAGCGAGCUGAGACGCAGGGCGUCUUGCCGGGCCAAGAGAGGCGAGAGGUCGAGCUCGGGGGCGUGCGCCGGCAGCUGCACUUCGUCCGCGUCCUCGCGUUCCUCGCACAGACACCCCGAGCCCUCCACCCCCCCGGGGACAUCCUGCAUGCGCCCGGCGCCGCUCAAACGCAGCGUCCUGUCCGACCCGCUGUCCCCCAGAGAGGACCCUGGACAACACCAGUCUCCAGGCCGGGACAAGAACAAAAGCCAGAUGGUAAUGGCGACGGCCAUCGAGAUCUGUGUGUGACCUGGGCGACAUUAGGAGGCUUUUCACAGUGAUGACAAGCCGUGAGGAGGUGAUAAUGAAUUCCGCAGGGACCAAGAGGGUCAGCCUACUUUAACCACGGAGGAGAUGCUCACGGCCCCGGCCGUGGAAAUGGACACCAUCAAUAAGCGGCACACACUUGGACGGCUUAUCACUGGCUCACGCUGUUGAGCUUUUGAGUUGUGACCGAAGGCCGCUUCUUAGACGCUGGAGUCCCCGAUGCUCCGCUCAGCAGCCCAGACACUUUCUGUGUUUUCUGUCCUGUGGUGGUGCUAGUGGUUCUAUACUUAGACCGUUCAUAGAAAAUGGACUCAUCAGUCAGUGUCUCUUUAGCUUUGAGUCGUGUCUCUUUUCCAGUGUUUGUUCAUCUCAGAGUAAACUUCCUCUGAUGUGGUGAGGCCGGUGAUUCGGGGCCAAUCUACCCGAACCGGCUGUUCCUCGCGCUUCCUGCCAACUUCCAAUGCAUACCAUUUAAUUUUUUCAACAGCCAGUGUUACGACGAGAAACUUUAGAAAGAAACCUCUAUGUAGCAGUUUGUUUGAGACGUCUUCUUCUUCAUCCCCUCAUAACACUUCACCGGGUCACUUCCUGUUCUGUUAUUAGCGGCAAACCAUUGACUGGUCGAACUACUUCUUUCACUUUUGUAGGGAUUAAAAAGGUGUAAAAAGAUGGUGAUUAACGCACAAAUAAGAGGAGUAGAAAUGUCUUUUCCUUAUUUAUUUUCUACCUGCCUUGUGUUUUUGUUUCCAAAUCCUAAAGCACAAGAUUUUGUAACGUCUUACAUUAUAAAUUUGUUAUCUUUAUUGUAAAUAAUUGGAUAUUUCUAGUGCACCAUAUUAUCAGGUAGUCAUGUAGCGUUAAUCAUUUUCUACAACAAGAAAUAUGGUUUUAGAGUUUUACAGGUCGGGACAAUGCAUUGUAUGUAGCAACAAAGCAUUAGAAAAUACCACAAUGUACAGUAUAUAACAACAAAGUAAAUAUAUAGAUACAUGAAGAGCCUUUCACGAUGUAUAACAUGGUAGCAGCAGCAGUUCUCUUUUUCGUUGUUUUUAGUUUUUUGUCUGAAAUGACCCAGCUAUAACAGACAUCGCUCCUUUCUGCAUUUUCCUCUCUAUAAGCAUUCCAUGAGCAACAUCCAUCGCGCCGCCGCGCUUCCAAACUUAGGGUCCUCGUCCAAUCGGCCAGGGUCAAGAUCUUCACAAGCCAGUUGGCCACCUCCAAAAAAGGCGUUCCGACAUUUGGACUGUCAACAUGCACAUGCGUAACACACCGCGGGAAUCUGUCGCUCGACUGUAAUUUCCAUCUGCUUCUCUCUCUGGGAAUUCAUCCCAAUGUGUCCCCGGAAUAGAAGAGCCCAGGUGUGUGUUAUCUGUAGGGAUGACCUCUGUGUCAGCUGUAGACCCCGAGCAGCGUUCUGCCUCAGAGACACUGCUCAUUAAAAAAAGCAUCUACAAAGCGGAGUACGUUGAAUGUGAAUGCUUCCAUGCAUGCUCAUUACCGUCUUUUGUCUUCUUGCUUGAACUGCGGCGGUGUGUGCGUUUCUAUUUCCGCGUGUGUGUGUGUGUGUGUGCGCCUGAAUGUGCGCUGGCCGUCUCUCUCCUAAUUUCCCCCGCUCCUCCCGUGACAGCCCAUCAGCGCUGUCGCCAUAGUGACGGUGCCAGUGGCCCCCCUGGUUCGCCUUCUGUCCUCUUCUUGAAAAUCAAGUCUAAUUGAGCCCAAAUGGAAAAAACUGGUCACCAACCCCCCUCCUCCACUCAGCCACAGCUCCUCGUGAUAGUUUCUUAGCUUGUUAUACUGAUACGUUUCUGCAGUUUCCUGUAUUUUAUGAGCCACUUCUCAGACCUACUUCUUUAUCUACUGUCAUCGGGCACAGUCUGAUCUAUUGAUGGCCCCUUUGUCUCGUUCCAUUCUUAGUCUCGACUCUUGAGGCUUAAGACUUGUCAACGGAACGUGCUGUACGCUGCCUCAAAGAAGGUCAGUGUGUAAACGCAGGAUCUGCAUAGUAAUAAAGACGGGUACUAGAUGUGUUAAAGGUUACAUAGAGGAAAGCAACCUAACGCAACCCAAUGCCCCCAAAUUAAAUAUAGCGCAUCUCAACAUUACUUGAUGCAAGUAAAAUUGACUUAAUGUAAAGCGUAGCAUACUGCAGAUCAUCAAGUAAAGUGAGCAGUCAGUGACGCACUUAUUCAACAUAACGUGAAGAAAUGAAGAAACACGCCGUGCGCGGAUACGACAGGACGCCACGCGUCGUUCUGAUGUGAGGAGCUGUGAUUUUGUUGAACAUUACAGCCACUAGCAGCGUCAGACUGCUGUUGCUGUCUCUCAUGGACUGUUAUGACAGGAACUGUCGAGUUUAAUGAUGAGGUGUCAAAUAAUAUCAAGUUUCAGUGAAGUGCUGGCGCAGGCUUCCGUUCACUUCCGGUUAUUUCCAAUGAACAAUGAGCUGCUUUGUGCCAGCAGAUGUUGUUGUAGAAUCUAAUGUAUAUACUGUAUGUUCUGUGUCUUUAAAACAAUUAAAUACGAUUAAACAAAA